GUUGAGAGGGAUCACCGCCGACCACCUGGCGAAGGCACGCGCGAAGACGCUCUUGACGGCGUCGGUCAACUGAUUCCCCGGCAAGAAGGCGUAAGUCAGGUGGGUGCUGGCCGGGGGCCACCGCGGGCGGCCCUGGAAGAAGGAGUAAUGGCGCAGCGCGUGUAUGGCAGAUCCGCGGGAAGCCAUGGUGGAGGUGGCGUUGAUGAUGUCGGGGUUCCCGCAUCUGGGGCGCAUCAUGUGCUGGAUAGUGGGCGCGUCGAGGUCGCCGGUGGCGUUGAGAUUGAAGUUGAGCUGGUAGGUCUUGACAGCCGACUGGAGCACGGCGUCGAAGUCGUCGGUGAAGUUGGAGGCGGCGGGGAUGUAGCCAAAGUAAUGGAAGUACUUCUUGAGCCUGGCUAAGCCGGGGGCGUGUUCCCCG